AUGCUUAUUUGUGCUGUACUCUGCUUUGCCGGGCCGCGCAAACGUUGUGUCUCUACCUCCAGCAUAGAACAAGGCUGCCAGCAUCAGGAAGGACUCAACAAAGUUGUUUGCAGAGUGGAACCGAUAGCUGAUUGCCUAAUCGUCUGCCUGCCCUACAGACUAGCUACUUGCAUAGCUGGCCUUCCUGACGGCUUGAAAUUGUGUAUGCCUGGCUGA